CCCAACCGAACUGAAACCAAUAGACGAUAUUGUCAAUAAUAAAAAUUAUCUAGAAUUUUAAAAAAUCCGAUCAUGAGGUUGGCAACACUGCGAUCAAUCAACCCGAGUGCGCAUCUAUCAAACGGAACGGGGAAUUCCCUGUCGCUUGUUUUCAGUCGGUGUAUUCCGUGUAUAGUAGUGUCUAUUACUGUGGACUUCCCUCCGCUUAUCGCCCGACGCAAUUUUGUUAUUUUUCCGCACUUCUGCUAUAGUCGACUAUAUUAACGAAUUGACUUUGUUAUUGUUAGAAAUGUGUUUAGUGCGUGUGUUUAGUUUACUAAGUAAUAGAUAACUUAAAAGUUAUAAGGACCGGACCUUUCUUUUAAUUUACUAAAAUUGAAAGUCUUCAGCAUAACUAGACUUCCUGCUUUUAAUAGGCAGUAGAAAAAUAUCUUAUUUUACAAUAUGUCUGCUAGAAAAUAUAAAAGUGGAGCUGAAAAAAGAAAAUUACAGUUUAGUCGAGAACAAGAAAGAAAUAAAUGCGCAAAAAUUGAAACUUUUUUUAAAUCGGAACAUAUAAACGCGAAUGAAAUAGCUAUAAAUCCAUUCAAAAACGUAAAGGAAGGUAUUUUAUGCGAAGAGAAUCUAACCGAUGGCAGCAAAAAAUCGCAAAACGAGGAAAAAAAUACAAGUGAUGAAAAUAUGCAAGAUUUUGAAAACCAGAAAAAAAAUACCAACGAUGAAAAUGUGCAAUAUCUUGACUUCCAGCAACCCUCUGGUUCCUCUGAAAAUGAAAUUGGUGUUCAGCAAAAGGGAGGUAAUACCGAUACCGAGGUGGAAAGAAAUUUAGAAAAUAUUAAGUUUGAGUUUGAGAAAUAUGUUGACGUGGGCUUGUGGCCAGAUUUGCUGAAUAAUGAUUUUAUUAAUUUCGUCCUCUCACAUGAAAUGACUGACUUUCAAAAUAAAGAUCCGAAGAAUAUAUAUUCAGCUUCAAUGAAGAAAUAUAAAGAACAAAACAGAUCUUUUUCAAAUAGGUAUUUCACUAGAAAAAUGAAAAAUGGCCAAUUACUGGAAAGAUCUUGGUUAUGUUAUUCAAAAAGGGUUGGUACUGUUUUUUGUUUGACUUGCAAACUUUUUUCUAAAACUCCUUCUCAAUACACAACCGGAUUUUCUGAUUGGAAACACAUAGGAUUUUGUUUAGAAAAUCACGAAAAUUCUAAUGAACAUAAGAAUUCAAUGUUAGUGUGGUUGACACGAAAAGAAAAUAAGUCUGUUUUAGACAAGCAGCUUCAGGAGCAAUUAAAUAAAGAAACAGAAUAUUAUUACAAUGUCCUAAAACGGGUUAUUGCAGUGCUAAAAUUUCUGAGUAUAAGAGGCUUAGCACUUAGAGGUUCCGAGGAAGUAUUUGGUUCUCCACAUAAUGGUAAUUUUAUGGGUGCUCUAGAGCUGUUGGCAGAAUUCGACCCAUUCAUACGUGAACAUAUUGAACAACGAGAGCUGCGACCAAACCCUGUAAUAUCAUAUUUAUCAAAAACAGUAUAUGAGGAAAUAAUUGAGAUUAUGGGUAAACAGAUAAUUAAACAAAUUAUAACUGAAAUAAAUAACGACGACACAAAGUAUUAUUCAAUUAUGAUGGAUUCAACCCCAGAUCUGUCUCACGAUGACCAACUUGCUAUUGUAUUACGAUACUGUUUUCGGGGAAAAGUGUAUGAAAGAUGUGUAUCUUUCAUUAAAAUUAGUAGUCAUACUGGCUUAUAUUUAUUUAAUGUUCUACAAGCCUUUUUGGAAACAAAUGGACUACUACUGGAUAAUUGCAGGGGACAGUCAUAUGACAACGCUGCUAAUAUGGCCGGAGUCUACAAUGGUGUACAAGCACUACUAAAAGAAAAAAAUAAAUCCGCGGAUUACGUGCCAUGUGUGCCGUGUGCACAUACCUAUUUAAGUAACGUUCUAAUUUAUGUUCAAAUUUGGUAA